CAAGCAUGAAGUAUUUGCACGCGCAGAAGCUCGAUUGCGUGCUCAAAAUGAACUUAACUUCUAGAAUGACGUUGUUACUUCCCAUAGUAAUUCGACAAGUCAACUUUUUGCUAUCUGUCAAAAGUUUUAUAAUACCCGCCCUAAACGAGUCCUGUAAUUUGUGGCUUAAUGCUGUUAGUUAGAUAUAAAUUAUUGAGAGGCUGACUUUUCGGAAAAAAAAUUGUUUCUGCAAAUUCACUAUUUAUACAAAAUGGGGAACAACUUUACGAUAAACAUGGAAGAAAAUUUUAAGAAAAAUCAAGAUUUUAUUACUGAAAUGAACAACAUAAAGAUUGAAAGGCAACUACAAAUGAGAAACCAAAUGAGAGAACGGCAGGUUGCCUUUGAAAUUGCUAAGCAAAGAGAGCUCUUUUAUUGGUUUGGUGCAUUUUAUGUGACGAGCAUUGUUGGAGCUUUAGCAAGUUACAGGUAUAAACGAAAGCUCUCAGUGCUAGCUCCAUUAGUACCAUUAACUUUUAUAUUUGCUUAUCAAGCUGAUUUAGCCUAUGGAAAUAAACUUCAUAGAAUCUUAGUUGAAGCUGAACAUAUUGUGCAAUUUGAACCAGACUUAUUAGAAUUGCCAUUAGGUGUUCCAACUCCUGCAUCUAUAGAUUUGAAACGAAUGCAAAAUGAGGAACAUAAAAAAUUGCACCCACACUUACCACCACUUUAAACAAGUAUAACUAGAUACUUGAGUCGAGACUUAAGUACAUAAAUAAUAGGUACCUAGUAUUCAAUUUAUUAUUGGUGUUUCAAGUAACAUGUUUCUGAUGAAUUGAUCAAAUCUCUGACUUCUGUGAUUAGUUUUUUAUAUAUCAUUUAGAUUUUUAAUGAAAUUUAGGCUUAAUAUCUUCAAUUAUUAAAUGAUUUAGCUAAUAAGUAUUGAAUUAUAAUAAUAUAAUGUUAUUGAAAUGUUAUAAACAUCCACUUUUUGAAAAGUUGUUAUAUUAGUUAUUACAUAAACCUGUUAUUAUUAAUAUUUAUUAGUGAUGUGAACAAGGGAACGUUCUGAUUGUGCUUUCGAGAAUGUUCGCGAACGUUCGCGAACGUUCGCGCACGGAAAAAAGGUUCAUGCUGAAUAUUACCUUUGGAGCACAAUAGAGAAUAUUCAGCACAUUUUCAAGCACGAUCUUAACCAAUAAAAUCACAUGUCGCCAACUCCCAGCCUAUAAGAUGUUUUCGAAAGUGGCGUGAUUCUUGAACCCAAUAAAAUCACUCUAAUGCCGUUGGUCCAUAAUUUGGCCCUUAGGUACUUUCUAUGCAUUAUAGAAUAGAAAGUACCUGCUAGGUAACAACCAGACACUUACCAGUUGGUCCAUAAUUUGGCCCUUAUGCAUGAAAAUUUUGCCAGAUAGAAUAUAGGUACCCGACAAAUUAGAAUAAUUAUUGUUGUCAAACAAACAUGACGCGAAUUAUGAGAUAAUAUAAUAUAAUAUAUAAUUAUUAUAUUAUAUUUUCCUAAGAAGUUUGAGAAUUUUCAGUAUAUUUAUGAAGAAUUUUCAGAAUAUUCAGAACUUUCACAAGAAAUUUGGGAAUUUUCGGAAAUUUGGGAAAAAUCAUAAUUUAUUUAGAAAAAUGUUUUGUUUCAUUCAGCUGCUGAUAAGAAGCGUAAAUUCUCGGGUCCUGCUCGUUUUUGCUCGUUUAUUCUCGUUAAUUCUCGAUCGUGCUCGGAGAACGUUCUCCUAAAAUACUUGCUCGAGCAUUUUACAUCACUAAUAUUCAUAAGUAAUAGGUAGGUAUAGGUAUCACAAGAGGUAAAUAUUUUUUUGAAAUGGGGAAAAGUGACAAAGCUCAUAUUAUUCAUAAAAUAUUUAUCUAGUGGUUAUACCUAAUGUCAAUUAUAUACUGUGAAAAAAAUAAAACAAAAGGUGAGACUUUUUUGAAUACUUAUAUUUACCUAGACUAUAUAUUUUUUUUUUUUUAAAUACUUUUAUUUCUGAAUUCUUCAGUACACCUAGAGGUAUAUAAUUGGGGAUAAAAAUUAAAUGAAUUUGUCACCCACCACAAAUAUCGACAUAUUUUAAAAUUUGAUUUAAUUCUAAUUUUAACAUUUGAAACGACCAAUGACGUUCC